CAUUUUUCUUUCAUCGUAAUUAUUCUGAAAACUGUAUUUCUUUAGUCGCAAAGUAAUUCAAUCGUGUGUUAAUCAUAAAAUAUUUCCAAAAUUAUUGGAACACAUCAUUACUAGCUACUGUAGCAUUAUUAGCUACUGUACAAAACAUUAUAAUUGUUGUUUUUAUAUCAUUGUUUAUAGUUCAUUUGUUGCGUUAAUGACAGUAGCAAAAACAAGUACGUACAGGCUUCAAUUUUGUAUCGCAACCAAACGAAUGCACGCUGUGUUUAAAUGUGCUAACGGUAUUGUGCUGAUGAUCAAUUUAACAUAAUAUCGCACGCGACUACGUGCCAAAACAAUUGUAUUGUUGUGUAUUUAACACAAAUAAAAUGAGACGGAGUUAUGCACCGAGCCAAUUGUCAUUGAACCGUCCGCUAAACACAAGCAAUGGUUUAAUAAAUAGCGAAAGUACCUCGAAACCAUUCAAAAGUCCAUUGUCUGAGUCGCCGUAUGCAAAACGAAAAUGUCGCGAAGAUAAAAAGGAAAACCGUUGCAUUGCACCGACAAUAAGACCAGUACAGUCGAUGAGCGAAUAUGAAGCAUUGGUGGCCAAAUUAUUGAGUAAACCGUUCAAAGUACCCAUUCCAGAUUAUGUACCUGAUGGAAAUAGUAAUCGUUCUCUUGGUUUGCCCCGAACUCUUAUUCGACGAGCACUUCAUGAUCCAUAUGCUUGUAAUGCUCUGGUGCUUUACACACCGCCCGAUCAACAAACCAAAGCCACUGAACAUGAAAAAUUGAUGCAAGAUAAAACGAAAAUUUUGGUCCAUGUCGUGGUUGAUCCAGUGCUUGGCAACAUUUUGCGACCACAUCAACGUGAAGGUGUUAAAUUUAUGUUCGAGUGUGUGACCGGUGUAAAAGGUGACUUUAAUGGAUGCAUCAUGGCUGAUGAGAUGGGCUUGGGUAAAACAUUGCAAUGCAUAACGCUACUUUGGACAUUAUUGCGACAAGGUCCUGACUGUAGACCGACUAUCGUCAAAGCGAUCAUUGUGUGCCCGAGUUCAUUGGUGAAAAAUUGGUACAAUGAAUUCGGAAAAUGGCUGGGCAACCGUGUGAAUGCAUUUGCCGUUGAGAAUACGUCGAAAGAAACAACAAUAAAAGGUCUCGAACAGUUUAUGGCAAGUCAAAGUGCACGCACCGGUUGUCCCGUUUUGAUAAUAAGCUAUGAAACAUUUCGAAACUAUGAAAAAAUUCUAACCGGAUCUGAAGUUGGUCUAUUAUUAUGUGAUGAAGGCCAUCGCCUUAAAAACUGUGAAAAUCUAACCUACAACGCUCUGAUGGGUUUAAAAACAAAACGAAGAGUCUUAUUAUCUGGUACACCCAUACAAAAUGAUCUUACCGAAUACUACAGCUUGAUCCAUUUUGUUAAUCCGGGAAUGCUUGGAACGAGAACUGAAUUUAAACGCAAUUAUGAGAACAUUAUAUUACGAGGUCACGAUGCAAACUGUACCGACAAAGAACGCGAAAAGGCGGCCGCAAAAGUGACCGAACUCACAAAUAUUGUGAACCAGUGUCUGAUACGUCGUACGAAUCAAAUUCUCACGAAAUACUUGCCGGUCAAAUUCGAAAUGGUGAUUUGUGUUAAAUUGAGCAAAGUACAAACCGAUAUUUAUAGAAGUUUCUUACAAUCGGAGUGUGUUCGAAAAACUGUUUUGGGCAAAGAUAAAAGUCCAAACGCUCUGACAGCGCUCGCAAAUAUCACAAAUCUGAAAAAACUGUGCAAUCAUCCAGAUUUAGUCGGUGAUAAAAUUGCCGAUGGAACCGAUGGAUUCAAAAAUGCUGCCAAGUAUUUGCCCGAAGGAUACAACAAAAAAGAACUUCGGCCAGAUUUAAGCGGGAAAUUAAUGCUUCUUGACAUUAUGCUCGCCAGCAUAAAAUCAAACACAAACGAUAAGAUCGUUUUGGUUUCAAAUUACACUCAAACACUGGAUAUGUUUGAACGCCUCUGUCGCAAGCGUGGUUAUGGCUAUGUACGACUAGACGGCACAAUGACAAUUAAAAAACGCGGCAAAGUCGUCACCGAAUUUAAUAAUCCAGACUCAGAUCGAUUCGUUUUCAUGCUCAGCUCAAAAGCUGGUGGCUGCGGUUUAAAUUUAAUCGGCGCAAAUCGAUUGGUCAUGUUUGAUCCAGAUUGGAAUCCGGCCAACGAUGAUCAAGCAAUGGCACGAGUGUGGCGAGAUGGUCAAACGAAACCAUGCUUCAUUUAUCGAUUUCUUGCGACGGGAACCAUUGAAGAGAAGAUUUUUCAACGCCAGGCCCACAAGAAGGCAUUAUCAAACACAAUUGUUGACAACGAAGAAAAUGGUGAACGUCACUUUACAAAAGAUGAUCUACGUGAUCUGUUCAGUUUGGAUGAAAAUUGUGUAUCGGAUACUCAUGCAAUAUUCAAGUGUAAACGGUGUGUGGAUACUGUUCAGAUGAAAUUACCGCCCCCUGAUUCGGACUGCACAUCAGAUUUGGCCAAUUGGUUUCACUGUUCAAAUAACAGGGGCAUACCAGAUAAUAUACUCAGCCAAGCUUGGGAUGUGUCAAAGUGUGUGUCAUUCGUGUUUCAUCAUAGAUCCAGUCAAGCCGAAGUGAAGCUCGAAGAUGCCACUGAAAAAAUUGGUCAAAAGAAGAAGAAAAUCUUACGCUUUGAAGACGACUACGAUGAAGAUGAGGAUUUUGAGCCCGAAGACGAUGAAAGAGACGAAGACUUUGUUUUGUAGUUUAAAUAUUAUUCUUUAUUUAUAACUCCCUAAAUAUAGUCUAAUUUGAUUUGGUUUCAUUUACGAAGCGUUUUUUUGGAAUUAUACUUAAAGACAUUACAUGGAAUUUGUACUAAAAUUGUUAAUCAAAUAAUGAAGAUGAAUAUUUAUGGUACAAAAAAGUUAA